AUGGAUCUCCGCUUCAGUCAUGGAACUAACAUUUACGUGGUCAGGCCCUGCUGCAACGAAGAUGCAAGCGAUCUAGUCGCAAUAGGAGGCGAGCACUCAGUCCAAGUCCUCAGACUUGAAAUUGUUGCUUCGUUUCACAUAGGCUCCAGAAUUACUGCUCUAGCCUGGGCAUCUAAUGCGAUAUCACCGGGAGCAGGGGAUGAUUGGAGUAUACAGCUUGUCGCAGCGAGCUUCGAUUUCAGGCUGCAUCACCUAACGAAAACGUCGUCUAAUGCAGAAAAUAUCUAUUCUUUUGCAGGAGGCAUCAGCGGCCACCACGGCAAGAUUGACGACAUGACAUUCUGCGGUGGUCAUGGAGAAGAUAGUUCGCGUUACGUUGCGACAGUCUCGGAUGACAGGAUGCUGAUGAUAUGGGACCUCUAUCCGCCAACCGAACUGCCUUCUCGCUCUGGUUCGAUGGACAGAGACGACUCGCCUACCCCGCCGCCUCGAGCCCAGCCUACGGCCUACGUCAUCCCUUUCUCUCACCCCCUGGUAUCAGUUUGUUCUCACCCCCUGACCAGCAAGGAAUUGGUUGUGGCAGAUUGCCGAGGCUCGAUAUUCCUCACUGACUGGCGGUCAGAAAAUGACGAGAAGGACCGUGAUAGCUGGCGCCAUUCAAGCAUCAUGGAACUCACUGAACCAUCACUACUCGCUGAUGGCUCUGCUGGGAUAUCAGUCCAGUGGAGCGGAUCUGCCGGGUGGCGGAGAGAUGCGAUGGACAUCAUCGGUGCUGCUUACGGGCCUAAAUUCCACAUCUGGGAUCUGGCAACAUUACAAGGCGGAAAGCCUCGAGUGAGCGGGACGACCUUCCCCGAAGGCACCCACCGUUUCAGGUGGUGCCAUACAUAUCCGGAAUAUUUUGCUGUUUCUAGUCAAUCGCCGCUUAAGGGCGCGGUUAUCCACAUGCAUAACAUCAAUUACGUUCAUGCGCAGCCAACGGUUCUCAGUAUUCUGCCACGUCCGCACUUCGUCCGAGAUUUCGAUUUCCUGGCCGCCCCAGGCAUUCCGCGUUUGGUGGUGGCCGUCGGCACGGAAUUGGCCAUUUUUCCCAUCGGUGUAGAUUCGUGA